UUUCGUGCCUCUUGAUGUGACAAUCGACCUUGGUCGUGACCUUUUUGGUUCCCCUCCCCGGGGUCUUGGGAAAAAAAUAUACCAUGACCCUCACCGCAGGGGUUGACUGCGGAGAGUGGGACGUUUCUAUCUACUCUUAUAGUGCCUAUUCAAGCAUAGUUUCAUUUCCCACUGGGACAGCGUCGGCUUGACGAUGUGGGAAGUGGUAGUAAAGUAUCCAAAUGGAAAUAGCUCUAUGUUAUGCACCACCUUUACAAAUGCAAUCACUCUCGAAAUGAACCAGAUACUGAGGGCUUUCUUCCGACAGUUGUAUUUCCGCAGCUAGGCUCCCUAGGUUUCAGCCCGUACAAGUUUGAUAUUCUGAUGGCAGGCCAUGCUAAAUAUGCGUUCCUGCCUACAACUGUUUGCGAGGUUGUGCUACUCGAACACGGCUCUCACAGAGCUCAUCGCGAGUGCGAUCAAUUAUCAAGCGGGGAGCGAUUGAGGCUUCCAGACCAAUGUUAUCGGGACUGCAUAAUUGUUUGUGUUGAUAGCAAUUCAACGGAUGUCAUUUCCUGUCAACUGAAGGCUAUUGGAGUGAGGUGGUAGAACUCAGUGACACGGAAAGCUGCGAUCACCUCUUCUGGCGAAUAUGGUGAUGGCUUCAUCCCUGGUAGUUUCCGAGAUCUGGUUUCUCCGCCACUG